AUGGGAAAUGAUAAUAUACAAAGUAACUAGACCACGUGAAAUAGGCAUAUGAUUUAGCGGCCGACAUACUGUGUUUAGUGUUUCUUGUCGACAGAAGAGUGCGUAUGUCAUCCGGCAUAAGCAGGUGCACGUGAGGUGACCGUCUGCUAGACGGAUCAGUAAUUAAGUGUAUGAACCUCCUAGUGACGUUCCCCGGGUAGUUUUGAAAAUCUUUUAUCAAAUAGUUCCGUGUGAUUAUGUUCUAUAGACCGGACGGUCACUGGACGAUAUAAUGUUCACGGUAUUUCGCAUGUUAUUAAUACUAAUCCACUUUUCAUGUGAUUUAUUUGCCGCGUUUUAUAAUUGCUGUAUGUUCCUUCAUCGUAAGUUUAUCGAAAUAUGGUACGGUGAAAAUUUAAGGACAGAGAUCGAAAUACUGACGCGUGCCGCGAGCAAGAUGAAAAAGCUACCAAGCCAUAUAGUGAUCGUUUUCGGCGCGAAGGAGAACACUAUUUUCGAUUGUAUACGAAUUAUUAGAUGGUGUUAUACCCUUGGUAUAUCUUACAUCAGUUUCUUUGACAUCAGUGGUUUUCUAAUCCGAAACGAAAAUUUAUUAAAAUACGAACUUGCAAAAAGACAACCUGAUUUAAUGGAGUAUAUCAAUUGGGGUAAAUCAAACGCAGGAUUCUCUCAAAACGGAAUUACUGAUUCUAAAUCGAAAAUGCGGAUAUUUUUAUUGUCCUCUCUAGAUGGAAAAAAAGAAAUAGUAUCCUUGACAAAAACAUUAGCUGAAGCUGUAAUUACAGGAACAAUUAAGCCGGAGGAAAUAAAUAUCGAAUUGCUCGAUGAGAAAUUAAAUUCACGAAAAAUGCCGGAUCCUGAUUUAGGAAUAAUUUAUGGCCGUGUUUGUUCCACGUAUGGUGUUUUACCAUGGCAAACACGAAUAACAGAAUUUUACAUGUUACCUUUACACAUUAGUUUAUCUGCAAAGGAUUUUAUAUGUCUGUUGGAAAAAUAUAAUAAAAGCGAACAACGAUACGGAAAAUAACUGGAAAUUUUGUUGUUUUUUCUUCAUUUGAGUAAAACAAAAAUAUGUUAAUGUAUCCAAAAACAAAAAACAGACGGAUGAAACAAAAAAGUAGCUUUUGAGGAGAUUUUUUACAAAGACUGAACUUACAAUAAUUUACAGAUACUAUUUUAUAAGUGAUUGUGUGCUAAAUAAAUUUAUGAUGGCUACAUGUGUAGCGCAAAUCUUGUUUUAUGAGCCGAUUUUAACGUGUAUCAAAAAUAAUAAGAAUUUAGGUAAUUCAAUUUGAAAAGAGAAUCUUCUCAUGAAGAGAAGAUUCAAAGAGAAGAUUCCACAGAAAGUUGCAAAACUGAAAUAUAUAUAUAUCUUAAUUGUAUUUUUAAUUAUGUGAAAUAUAAUAAUUGUCCUGCCAUAAAAUAAUAUCAUAGAAAAAGAAAAAAAAAAAAUAUUAAAAAUGUGAUACUUCAAUUUUUUUCAUAAUUAACGGCCUUAUUAGUUGAUUUAGUUUUAAUAUACUAUGACAAUAGUAUUUUAACGCUAUUUAAUUAAAGAAUAAUUUAAAUUACGAAGAAAAUUAACAGAAGUUUCAUAAAAUGAUAAAAAUGUCAAAGAGAAAAGUAUAUUAAUUUAAACUCAAGUACAAAUAAACUUAUAUGUAUAAUCUAAGGAUAAUGUUUUAGUAACAUUAUUAUUUAGUACAUUUUUUAAAGUUUAAUUAAUAUCACUAUUCUUGUGUUUUGUAAAAAAAGAAAGAUCAUAAAUAUUUAUAAUUUUAUAAUUAAGUAUACUUAUACCAAUCACUGUAUAAAAUUAAAAUUUUGGUAAUUAUUGCAUGUCAUUUAUUAAAAUCGAUAACAUUCCAUUGUACAUAUAUAAUAGUUUAUUGAAAAAAAAUAAAAUGAUCACGUGCGUAUAUCACGUAGAUAUUUUGAUAAAACGUCGAUGAGACUUUUAUUUUUAUCUGUGGUAUUGUUCUCGUGAAAAAUUGCCUAUUGUGGAAUUAAAUUCCUGAAAUAUAUUAUAUUCGUUUUUUCACAAA